AGAGAGACGACAAUACUGACAUUUUAUUCCGUUUAUGACUGUUAUACAUUGUACUUUACAAAGUUUACAUUUUCCGGUGUAAAUAGUCGUAAUAGUAAUUAUCACACAUUAUAAUUAAUUUCGAAGAAAUGAAGAGAUCCCCGUUAAAUACUCCACCUAGUAGUCGGACAUACGAUGCAAAGCAUACGCCCUAUAAUUGGAAAUCACACGAAAACGCGAACAACGAAGGUUAUCAAUCUGCUAAUAAUAGUUAUCAGCGUUUUUCUGUUAACAAUGAGGCACAACCUUGCGGGGAUAAUUUUAUUCCUUUAAACGUAAGCACACCAGUGACACAGAACGAAAAGCGUAAUAAUCAAUAUAGUCCUGGAAGGGGACGCAAUAGUGCCAGUCCAGGUAGAGGAUGGUACCAUUACAGGAAUCAGUAUAACCCUAUUACAAGAACAAAUUGUAGUAAUCGGUAUUCUACUUACAAAUAUCCUGGCAAUCAGUUUCACGGACAAAAAAGAAAGGGUUAUAAAGGAAUACAUAGGCAAGCACACAUAUCAGCAUACGUAGAUAUAAAUUCCUUUUUGGAAGACCCUUGGAUAAAUCUAGUCAAUAAGUUAAGUAAUUCACAAGACAUAAGCAAAAGUGAAACAUCCAAGAAUGAAUCUCUACAUGAUUUAAAAUUAGCACAUAAUGACUCUAUAGAUAAAUGUGACAGCAAAUUUUCAAGAGAUAUAAACUUGGAUGAUUCACAAUACAGUCAAGAAUCUAAAAAUGAGCAGACUCGUGUAGAUCUAAGUUUGGGGACAGAGAGUACAGAUCUCAGUCAAAUAUCGAAUAGUUCAAUAAAUUUGGAGAUUGAUGAUAUUUGCUCCAGUCAAGAUUUACUAAGUGAAAGCACAUGUAGUAGCAAGAUUUAUGGAGGCAUAGAGGAAACUAUUCAUUCAAAUAUAUUACUAUCAGAUACUGAUCAGAAAAAUGUACAAUAAUGAAUAAUAUUUGUGUUAUGAAUAAAAAUUAUAUUAAUAUGUGUAAUAACUGCUGCUGUACACAUAUUCAUGAUUUGUACAUACCUAUUGUAUAUGUGUAUAGCAUCAAAUUAAAUAUUAAUAUAUUAUCAAAAUUUUUGAGAUGCAUUUUUUUAAAAACAGAUUAGAGUUGUGAAAUUAUAUCCAAAAUAUAUGUGCUAACACAUAAUAUGCUAACAUUAUCUUAGAGAUAUAUAUUUUCACAAUUUGGCUGUGAAAAAAAAAUGUUUAAAUCUAU